UUCAGCAGUUCCGCUGCAAAGUUUGCUCUCUCUUUCUGAGCGGUGAACUCCGAAGCUUUUUUUCACUGUAUUUUCUCUCUAGCCAAACACGCCGAUUCUUGAUUUUCCAACUAACCAGACCGGGAGGGUUCUCCAUUUUCUUUGUCUCCAAACGCAGGAGUUUCUUCUACAUUUUUAACUAGACCAGGACCAAGGAUUCUCCAUUUCGCAUAUAUUCGAAUGUGGAUUUUUCUCCGCGUCUUCAGCCAUUUCUCUCUCCAUCUCUGGAUUUUGAUGAGUUAGAUUUUUGUUGUGUUCGUCUCUUUGAAUCGCUCGAUUCUUAGGGUUUUGUUGGAGAGGGAAAUGAGGGAUGUUUUCGUGGUUGGCAAGGCUUGCAUUGGCGUGUUGGGGACCUUUGGCCCGUCGAUAUGCCCCUAUGAGCAAGGAUGAUGAUAAUUCUGGCAGCGGUGCCAACGACGCGCUCAUCUGGUGCCGGGACCUCGAGAAGCACUCAUUCGGCGAGUUCUCGUUCGCCGUCGUGCAGGCCAAUGAGGUCAUCGAAGACCACAGCCAGGUCGAAACGGGCCGCGAUGCCACCUUCGUCGGGGUCUACGACGGCCACGGUGGUCCUGAAGCCUCUCGUUUCAUCUCCGAUCAUCUUUUUCUUCAUCUAAUGAGGCUUGCUCGAGAAAAUGGAACAAUGUCUGAGGAUAUCCUUAGAAGUGCUUUUUCUGCGACUGAGGAUGGUUUUCUUACUCUUGUGCGUAGGACAUGUGGAAUAAAACCAGUAAUUGCAGCAAUUGGGUCUUGUUGUCUGGUUGGAGUUAUCUGGAGAGGAACAUUAUAUGUUGCUAACUUGGGUGAUUCUCGGGCCGUAAUUGGUUGCUUAGGUAGAUCAAAUAAAAUCAUUGCUGAGCAGUUGUCCAGGGAACACAAUGCAAGUAUGGAGGAGGUCAGACAAGAACUCAGGUCCUUGCAUCCAGAUGAUUCACAUAUUGUAGUUAUGAAGCAUGGGGUCUGGCGUAUCAAAGGCAUAAUUCAGGUAUCGAGAUCUAUAGGUGAUGCAUACUUGAAGAGGCCGGAGUUCUCUCUUGAUCCAUCUUUCCCACGAUUCCACCUUCCUGAACCCAUUCGUCGGCCUGUGCUAACAGCAGAACCAUCCAUAUGUACAAGAGUAUUGCAACCCAAUGAUAAAUUUCUCAUAUUUGCCUCUGAUGGGCUCUGGGAACACCUGACAAAUCAGCAAGCAGUUGAGAUUGUGCAUAAUAGCCCUCGUGCAGGCAUUGCGAGGAGACUUCUUACAACGGCUUUAAACGAGGCAGCUAGGAAGAGAGAGAUGAGAUACGAUGAUCUUAAGAAGGUUGGAAAGGGAGUCAGGCGGUUCUUUCAUGAUGAUAUUACAGUUGUUGUAAUCUAUUUAGACCAUGAGGCGCUGAGGAAAAAUUUUUCUGUACCGGAGCUGUCAGUUCGAGGAUUCAUCGACACCGUUGGGCCAUCGAAUUUUAAUACCCUGCAAGGGAUUGAUUCGAAGUCAAUGUCAUGAAUUGACCAAUAAGCUUAUAGAAGAAGACCAGUUUGUACAACUGCAGAUCUGCAAGUGCCCACAGUUCGCUCAGUUAAUCAUUCUGGCAUGAUUGAGUUGUUGCUUCGCUUGGUAGCUACUCGGAGUUUGCUUCCGUGAUUCAGAAGAAAGCAAAGGAAAUUCAUGACGUUCAUGUGAAGGGUGGAGCUGAUUCUCCAGUGUAGAGAUUGCAUAUGGAUGAUUCUAACCGCUGCCAACACAUGGAAAUGGGUUUUUUCCCCCCUUUUAUCAUUGUUAUUGUUUAUUCUUUCACUUCAGUUGGAUCUCUGCACCCUCCAUUAAUGACAAAUCCUCUUGUUGGUUAGGUGUUGGUUAAUUAUUGAUCAA